ACUGCCAAAGAGUUGAAACUUGCAACUUGAAAACAGUGGUGUAAAUUAAAUCAUUUUCCCUUUUUCAGAUACAAUAAAGUAAUAAUCGUAUUCCUUAAGCGUUUAGAAUAUUGUACACCUUCUAUCAAUUAAAUAAUUAUGUCUGUAGCGGGUCAAGUAACUCUUCAACAGCUGCAGCAAGAUUUACAGAAUGAGUUGACUACAUCUAAUCAACUAUUACGACAAAUUUCCAUGGAAUUGCAACAAAUCAAACAAUUGACUAGCAGCGGGGGUGAAUUUGAAGCACAGAUCAUUCAGAAUGCUUCUUUAUUAUCUACACUCGCCAACAUGCAACAAAUUGAUACAACCAAUUUACCAAGGGUACAAAGAAAGAAUAUUGACUUAAAUAUAAAUCACACAAUGCAAAAUGUUUCAUAUGAACAACAUGAUUCAUUCCGAAAUGCGUCUGACAUGGAUGAUAGUCAAUAAAUGCCAACACUAUUGUUUAUUGAAUUGAAAUAUGUAUGAAGGCAGAUGCAUGUAAUCCCCAAAAGAUUGUAUUCAAGUGCAGUAAAGACGAGGUAACCAUGAGCCCCUAUUUAGUUAUAAAGUAGGUAGCAACUUAUGAAAAUGUGCUUUGUAAUAAUAAUAAUUUAUUUAAUGUCAAGUUUUGGUUAGUUUAGUUAUAAAUCUUGGACUAAUAACUAAACUAGAUGCAUUUUUAGAAAAGACUGCCCAAGAUGCAUUUUUAGAAAAGACUAAAAAGGUUAUUUUCAAACAAAGAUGUCUCAGCAUGAUAUAACAUAGUAGUACCUACUUGAAAUAAUAAAUAAGAAAUCUAAUGUUACACCUACUCUUGCAUCUUGUUUUAAUAUUAUUUUAUUAAAUCAAUCAAUACAAAAUACUUGGAUGUACUAUAUUAUAAUAUGUCAUGUAUUAUGAAUAAUUGAAUGAAUAAAUAAUUACUAUUUUGUACAUAAAACUUUUAUUCCAAAUACACUUAUGACUAAUAUUUAACAUCACAUAAAAGACAAUUGUAAAGUAUUACUAAACAAUUUCAGAAGGCAACAUGCAUUUAUAUUACUUUGUAUAAUGUUAAUACUACCUAAUUAAUUGGCAUAGUACACAUAAUUCUUUAUCAUCACUCUAAAACUUCAUUUGUUCAAAAGCAAUGCAGUUGGUAAAAUAUAUUAU